AUGUCUCUUACGACGACAGCACACAGCCAUUUCUCUCACGAUGAUUACCCAUCGGUAACAUCACCACGGCCAAACGUCUAUGGACAGGGCCGCAGUAUGGACGUCACAGCUUCCACUCUCCACAGAACCAGUCCUCUCGAUUUCGAUUUCGCCAAAAUCCAGCCUUUCGUUAAAUCCGGCACGUUCCUAGAACCACACGACACUACAGCUCUAUCUUCGAACGAGUCCCAUGCGUCUGCACUCUCCAAGCGCAACAAUCGCUCUGCAAUGCGAUUUUCCUCGAAUGCAGGCAUCAUUGAAGAGUACGCGCGGUCAUGGAACAGUCAAGAUAUUAGCAUCAGUAUACCUCAAGAUGGCGAAAAAGGGUUCGAACAGCUUGUUAGUCCAAGAACGGCAGACAAUACACCGAGAUGGCCUUUCAUCAAUGACGAUAGCCUCAACACACCCGACUCUGCAGACGCGGAGCCGCUCUUCCCUUCCUCAGCCAGCACUGUCUCACACCCCAGGCAGAUACACCGUAUCGAUGAAGACUUGGAAGACCUAUCUGCCCUGUAUGUCUCCCCGUUGGACGCAGUACCCGAAAGUCCCAUUAUAGGACCACCCCUACCACCACCAAUACGAUCAUCAAAUCGUCCUUUAGGCAAAGUCAUGACUGCGGCUGAGUUCGAAUCUUUGCAGAGGCGAAAGGUUCUUGAAGAGACAGAAAGGCUCUUUUAUGAGGGCGAAAACGAAGACGACAAGAUUGAUUAUGACAAGAUCGAUCAUGAUACGGUUGAUGAAGUAGAUCUUGCCAAGAGGCAGAUGACUCAGCGUAAAAGGCAGCAGAAACAUCUUGACAGCUACCGGCAGCAGAUGAUGAAAACAACAAAAGGACAUGAACUGCCACAUAUACGCUCCCAUUCCCGUAUGUCUUCCACACUUUCCUUUACGACGACGUUUCGGGGUCAUAGGGAGGAUAUUCCUACGCAAUACGGGGACGAAGAUGAGGAUGAAGAUGACGUGCCGCUGGCUAUUCUCCAGAUGAAACAGAGAUCAGGUGGGAGAGAAGCACCCAUGCAUGCCAUAGACGGGAGGUCAGACUAUGGUUUGAACAUCCAACCAGCUCCAGAGAGCAGGAGACAGCAGCCACGCUCCCCAAUGCCAGCCUUUGCCAGCAAAUUGCCGCGCGAUCCUUUUGCUGGAAAUGUACAGCCUUCUUGGCCUAUGGGCAACCAGCAACUCAUUCCCGGUGGUCUUGUUGGUGUGAUAGCAAGUGAGGAACGUGCAAAAGCUAGGCGUCGGGUUCCCCCAAGUCAUGGCUUCCAGCCACUCCCCGAUACCAAUAAUGCUUUCAACUGGGGAUCAUCAUCGCGUCAGCCACCUUCAAUGCCGGUUACAUAUGGUAUGCCAAUGGCCCAGCCGCCAAUGCCAUCAUAUUCUCGACCACAAACGCCAGUUACAGCGCCACAACCUCCUCCUGCUCCUGUCAAUCAUCAAAUGUUCAACUUUUUGAAAGCCCAGACUGAGUUUUUCCGAAAUAUGGCUACCAUCAAUCAACAAAGAAGUGGUCAGCCAUGGGACAACUUUUCGUCACAACAGUCAGUGAUGAACGGAGGGGUUCCUAGUGGGAUACCUAGCCGUGCCCCCUCCAACUAUGCCCCCUCCAACUAUGCCCCUUCCAACUACGCACCAUCUAAUUAUGCGCCAUCUAACUAUGCAUCUUCGAAUUAUGCGAGAUCAACAUAUGCUCGCUCGAACUAUGCCAAGUCUGUUCAUCAACGUGAUGGGGGAUAUGCCGCCUCAGUUGCACCGUCCGAACGUAAUACCGUCGGUAUGCCAAGUCGAUACAGGCCUGUUUCCAAAACGGCGCAACCAGUGCACGCAGAGAGAGGGGCCCAAGCUGUCGCAAGAGUCUCUACUAGCAGUGACUGGAAUCACAACCGAAAUAUGAGGAUGGACCCACGAGCUAUUCUUGAAGCAGACACUACAGACAGCGAUGAUGAUGAAGCAUUUUGGAGAGCCAGGAAAGCGAAGCGAGACAGGAGAAGAGCCAUGUGUUUUCAAGACAACGAUUUGGGAAUCAGGGCAGAGUGGAUCAGGUAG